UGCGUUAGCUCCACGUGAAUUUUCACUACUUAAGCUCCUCAGAUCGAUCCUCUUGAUUCAUUCCGCUACACAGGAAGCAAGGAAAACCCACUGUUCUCUCUACUGAAGCUACAAGGACAUCAUCAUCAUACAAUGUCAAAACCCUCGUCCCACGCUGAAGAUUUAUAUCUCUCAUCCUCCACGGAGGAAGAUUCGUCGGCACCGCCGCCGCCACCGCCGAAGGUUGACGUGAUCGACAAAAAGAAAAAAUCCAAGCCGCCGACAUCGACGAGCUCGAGCAAGAGGUCAAAACGUUCGUCCCAUACCGAUUCGUAUCUCUCAUCCUCCACUGAGGAAGAUUUGCCAGCACCGCCACCGCUACCACCGAAGGCUGACGCGGUCGAAAAAAGAAAAAAUCCAAGCCAUCGACAUCGUCAGCAAGCUCGAGCAAGAGGGUCAGAAUAG